UGGCGCUGCUGCGCGGGAGGCCGCGAGCGAGAGCCGGGAAGGGCUGGAUCCCCGAGAUGGAGGUAAGUUGCUUAACACUAAAAGACUUGAUCAGCCCAAGACACACAAGAAUCGAUCUGGCGGUUGAAGAUGGAGAAAAUGCACAAAAGGAAAAUAUAUUUGAUCAAUCCAGAAUGACCCCAAAGACUCCCAUGAAAAAUGAACCAAUUGAUUUAUCAAAGCAAAAGGGCUGCACCCCAGAAAGAAAUCCAAUUACACCUGUUAAGGUUAUCGACAGACCUCUGGCAGAUCCAUGGACCCCCACAGCUAACCUGAAGAUGCUUAUUAGUGCUGCUAGCCCUGACAUGAGGGACAGGGAAAAGAAGAAAGAGCUCUUUAGACCAAUCGAGAACAGUGAGCAGAAUGAUGCUUUUCCUGAUUCUGUACAGUAUGAUAUGGUAGAUGAUGGCACAGUGGAUGAAUUUGAAAAGCAGAGACCCAGCAGAAAACAGAAGAGCUUAGGACUCUUAUGCCAAAAGUUUCUAGCUCGCUACCCAAGUUACCCUUUGUCAGCAGAAAAAUCUAUCAUUUCUUUGGAUGAAGUGGCUUCUAGUCUUGGAGUUGAGCGUCGGCGCAUCUAUGACAUAGUGAAUGUUCUGGAAUCGUUGCAUCUUGUUAGCCGUGUGGCCAAGAAUCAGUACUGUUGGCACGGACGACACAGCCUGAGUCAAACUCUAAAAAACCUUCAGGAAAUAGGAGAGCUCCAGAAGUACGAAGAACAGAUGGCUUACAUCCAGCAUAAAGAGCAGGACCUUGAGUAUAAAUUUGGAGACUGUAAAAAGGAGACCUUUCCGGAUUCCCAAGACAGACAGUUACUUGACUUUUCGGAGGCAGAUUGCCCCUCUGCAUCUGCAAACAGCAGAAAGGACAAGUCAUUACGGAUUAUGAGCCAAAAGUUUGUCAUGCUGUUUCUUGUCUCCAAAACCAAGAUAGUCACUCUUGACAUAGCAGCAAAAAUACUGAUAGAAGAAAGCCAGGAUGCAGCAGAUCACAGCAAGUUUAAAACAAAGGUACGAAGACUGUAUGAUAUCGCCAACGUUCUGACCAGCUUAGGGCUCAUAAAGAAAGUGCAUGUCACAGAAGAAAGGGGUCGCAAACCAGCCUUCAAAUGGAUUGGGCCUGUGGAAUUCAGUGGAAAUAGUGCAAAGCUCCAUGACGUGGCAGAAGCUACCAUGACAACAGGUGUCCUUCAGGUGAUAACUUUACAAAAACCAAUUCCUUUAGAUGAUCCGAAAACUGAUGUUCCAACAUCUGCUGCUUUACCAGACCUGAAAAGAGGGGCAUGUGCCCAACAUCAUACCUGUGCUAAUGGAAAACAGAGGUUCGCACGGCAUGCUUCAUUUAACACUGUUCAGUCUUCUGAAGGGAUCAAAAGGAAGGUCAGCUCUGAACCCAACAGCCCACAUAGGGAGAGGCAAGCUUGCAUUGUCGGUUCAGAUGAAUACUGCUCCAAAAUGAUAAAUCUAUCAGCUGUCUGCAGACAGAAGAUGGAAAAGGAUACAAAGAGUAAAAUUUGUGCCACUGAAACAGUCUUAAAUUCAUCGAGGAACCCAGCUAUAAUCUCUCCUUUCUCUGUUCUUCCGGAUCCUGGGGACUCUGAUUUUUGCCUUAACUCCUUACCUCACCCAGUGUUUCCUGUUGCUCACUCAGACAUGUCACACCUCUCUCUGCCAAAUGGUACGAAUGGCCAAGUUUUGCAGACUCCCAUUUUGGCAGCCUCCAAAACAGAGAAAGGGAAAACUGCUCUGCUCCCCAACCAGUCUUUUGUUUACCUCCCCUCUGCAUCUCUCGUCAUGCUAUGUGGCAGUCCUCAGGAAAGUCUGUCCAGGGAGAACCUUCCAACUACAGGAGAAAAGUGCAACAGAAGCCCUGAGGGACAGGCCUCACCCCUAAAGCCACAAGCUGCUGUAUUUGCUGUUAACUGUCACAAGCGUUCCCAGAAGUGUGUGUGUCUCCCCACGCCUGCAGCCAGCAUAGAGCCAGCUGCUAAAAGGAAGACUAUGGAGCAGAGUGAUGUCCCCCUCUCAUUGGUGCUACCCAAGAAACCUUUUGAGCCACCUGAUGUAGAAUAUUCCCGGGGAAGCAACUGUGCCUCUAAUGUGCAUCUAGGAGCUUUUCAUCUUGACUUAGGAACGCCUGCUGACAAGGCUGAAGAAGAGAAUACAACUAAACCUUUAGAUUCUCAGGAGCAGGAAAAGCAAUCUCAGAACAGAGACCUUGAAGAUCCCUCACAGGGAAAAGAGCAAAUCUCUCAAGAAAAUACCAAACAGCCCUUCUUUCCACAGUAUCUCUAUGUGCAGCCAGCAGCAGGCAUGGGCAACCUUUCUGAAAAUGCUGUAGUCAGCGCUACAAGCACAACUCCUCCAGAAGAACUACCAAAGAACCAAAAAUCUGCUUUGAGACCUUUAACAACGCAAACAGCACUGAAGUGCAGAUGA